AUGGCACCUGCACCAAUUGAUGACAGUAUCAGGGACGUUGCGGCUCCACGUAAGGACACACUUGGUCUUCCUGAGCCCGCUCUCCAGCGUCUAAAGAAGGCGGGUAUUGACCUAUCAAACGGUUAUCCCUACCGCCCGGCUAGGCCACUUUACCUUCAAGACGUCUAUAACAUUAGAAAUAAAGAAUGGAAGCAUGAUGACGCUGGGGCGCGUGCGGAUAAGUCAAAGUCGGCACUGCUCUCUGCCGCUACCAAAGUUACGGACCUCACUGCUCAUAUCGGGACUGAGAUUGAGGGUUUGCAGUUGAAGGACCUUACAGACCAACAGAAAGACGAACUGGCCCUUCUCAUAGCUGAGAGGAGCGUCGUCUUCUUCAGGAACCAAACAGAUCUAACGCCUCAAGAUCAGCUGGCGCUUGGGAAAUACUAUGGAGAGGUCGAGGUUCACCCACAAGUAGCGCAAGUCCCUGGUAACCUGGGUGUGACUGUUAUCUGGCCUGAUCUGCAAGCUACCGAACGGGUAGCUAACUUCAGAAACCCGGGAGGGGCUUCGCGGUGGCAUACAGAUCUCGUACAUGAGCUGCAGCCAGCUGGGAUCACGCAUCUCCACAACGACACUGUCCCGCCCGUUGGUGGCGACACACUCUGGGCAAGCGGAUAUUCGGCCUACGAGAAGCUAUCGCCGGACUUCCGCAAGAUUAUCGACGGCAAGCUAGCUGUGUACCGCUCCGCACAUGGGUACCUAGACCGGGACCACCCUGAGGAAGGUCCCAAAUUUGUCGAACGCGUGCACCCACUCGUUCGCGUGCACCCCGCCACAGGCUGGAAAGCUCUCUGGGUUAACAGAGCCAUGACCGAUCGCAUCGUUGGCUUGGACCGUGCGGAGAGCGACGUAAUCCUGAACUACCUCUACGACGUCUUCGAGAAGAACGUGGACAUCCAAGUGCGAUUCCGCUGGACAGCAGGAACCAGCGCGCUCUGGGAUAACCGCAUAACUAUUCAUAACGCUUCGUGGGAUUACAAUGGCAAGUAUCCCAGGCACGGAACCCGUGUGACUACAUUAGGUGAGAAGCCAUAUUUUGAUCCGGCGGCGCCAACUCGGCGCGAGGCUCUUGGGCUCUUAGAUGAGAGCGAGAAGCAGAUUGACGGACCUGCUUGA